GUGCUGCAGGGACUUGUCUGAGCUGUAAAGUACAUCAUGGCCUGAGGAGUAGGACCAUGCUCCACCUCUGGCCAUCUGCCAGACACACACAGAGAGAGAGGAGGAGUGUUGUACACACAGUGCUCUUUCGGGAAUGCAUUACCUCCCUUUCUACUUCCUAGAUAGUGACAGAGAGACAAAGAUAGCGUAAAAAGACACCAUUUUUAACUGAGGAUCGCUGAACAACCUACGACACACACACCUGCGGACAUACUCAUUAUACAAACAUGCAGUUGAGGAUUCCUUGAGUCUGUCACCACCUCUGCCUCCUCUGUGACUCUUGGUCAUGGCUGUAGUCGUUUGGGGAGUCACUGUGCUGUGGGUGAGGAACUCUGCAGUACCACAGUGGAAUACAGGCAUGUCUCUGGGGCUGGACAAAGACGCAUCAGGCAAUGUGUUGUUCUAAUCCUGGACACUUGAACUUAACAGUUGAACUCACAAACCAGGGACUCUGAAUAAUUUUUCGGCUGCAGGAUUUUUCCUUGGAAAAAUAGUCUACUUUGAAAAUGUCUAAAAGUCAGAUUCAUCUCAAUGCUCCACUGGUGGCAGUGGGACCGUGGAGAAGACACAGCGAAACCACAGAUUUAUUUGAAAUGAUUGAGAAGAUGCAGGGUAACAGAAUGGAGGAGCAGCGAUACACCUUUCCUCCCCCACUCAAAACUGAAGAGGACUACAUUCCUUACCCCAGUGUCCAUGAGGUGUUGGGGAGAAAGAGUGGGUUCCCACUGAUUCUACUGCCUCAGUUUGGGGGUUACUGGAUCGAGGGCAACAACCAUGAGCUUGGUGACAUUGCUGAGCCAGACCAGAUCCAGCCUCUGUCCCCAACCACACACAAGCUGGAGAGUAACUCCACCGCCAAGAUGUACAGGAAGCACUUUCUGGGCAAGGAGCACUUGAAUUACUACUCAGUGGACGGAACUCUGGGACAUCUGGUGUUGUCCAUGAAGUAUGACGAGAUCGGAGACCAGGAAGACCUCCGCCUCAUGCUCAGGACCAAACUGGAGACAUACCAUGAUGUUAUCCCCAUAUCCUGUCUCACAGAGUUCCCUAACGUGGUGCAGAUGGCCAAGCUUGUCUGUGAAGAGGUGAAUGUGGAUCGUUUUUACCCUGUCCUCUACCCAAAAGCUUCAAGACUCAUUGUCAAUUUUGAUGAACACAUUAUAAGCAACAACUUCAAGUUCGGAGUCAUCUACCAGAAAUUUGGACAGACAUCAGAAGAAGAGCUGUUUGGGAACAGUGUUGAGAGUCCUGCCUUUGUUGAAUUCCUAGAGUUUCUGGGGGAGAAGGUCGAGCUGAAUGACUUCAAAGGGUUUCGUGGUGGGUUGGAUGUGACCCACGGGCAGACAGGAUCUGAAUCCGUCUACCACAACUACCGCAACAAGGAGGUCAUGUUUCAUGUGUCCACCAAGCUGCCUUACACUGAGGGGGACACACAACAGUUGCAGAGGAAGAGGCACAUAGGGAAUGACAUUGUGGCCAUAGUGUUCCAGGAGGAGAGCACUCCGUUCGUACCAGAUAUGAUCGCCUCCAACUUCCUCCAUUCCUACGUAGUGGUGCAGGUGGAGAACGCCUGCACUGGAGAUGUACUGUACAAGGUGUCAGUGACGGCGAGAAAUGACGUACCUUUCUUUGGACCACCCCUGCCAGACCCGGCUGUCUUUAGAAAAGGUCCAGAAUUCCAGGAGUUCCUCUUCACGAAGCUCAUCAAUGCUGAGUAUGCCUGCUAUAAAGCUGAGAAAUUUGCCAAACUGAAGGAGCGUACACGGUCAGCCUUACUGGAGACAUUGUAUGAGGACUUGCACAUCAACAGCCAGGCCAUGAUGGGUCUGGGAAGAGACGAGGACAAGAUGGAGAACGGGUCCGGAGGAGGAGGGGGCUUCUUUGAAACCUUUAAGUCAUUGCUUGUCCCAGGGAAAAGUCCCAGUAAACAUGGACGUCGAGGCAGUGCCAUAGGGAUAGGAACAGUAGAAGAGUCUCUGAUCAUCCCUGGGAAGAGUCCAACCAGGAAAAAGUCUGGUCCCUUUAGCUCCAGACGCAGCAGUGCCAUCGGUAUUGAGAAUAUCCAGGAAGUCCACCAGAAAAUCAGCAUCCACAGCGGUAGGGAGUGUUUACCUGGCACACAGAAGACUCCUGACAGUGACCAUGCCUCUCAGGACCCCAAGUCUGAGAACUCCUCCAAUCAAAGCUCACCAGAAGUGCUCAUUACAAAGAACAUUUUUGCUCUUUGUAACAACAGGGCUCAGUCUAUCCCUGAGGGUCACGACCUUUCCCGCUCCUCCUCCAAUGACAGCAGCUUCGCCAGUGUGGUGGAGGAGAACGAGACCGAGGCCACGGAGGACUAUGACACUGGCAUGGAGAGCCUGUCAUCAUCCGGGACGCCACACAAGCUGGACUCGUUAACCUACAGCACAUGGCUAGAGGACAGUAUGAGCAGCACAAGCACCACCAGCCGAGGCAGCUCGCCAGGUCCUGGUCAACUUGAUGGGGGUAAAGGGUCAGAGAUCCGCAUUAAACUGGACCGGCCAAAAGAUAGUCGGUCCUCAUCGCAUUCCCAUAAGAUACAAUCCUUCUGGGAGGUGAGACGAGCACAGGCUUUCGCCGUAACCAAGGAUGACGAUGAGGAUGAGGUGGACCCUGGAUAGUCUGCUAGUCAGUGAGGCCAGACCACCCCUUCCCAGAAGCCCCGGCGGUGGCGUUGGUGGUGUCGUACCAGGAGAGGAAGUCAAACACAGAGGGGCCAACUUUUGCACAGUGUCGUUUCGUUCUGCUCACUCCCUCGCCUCUGUCUGUACACACAUCUUCUGCCUGGUUUUGUGUAAAUAGGUGUAUUUGUCUCAGUGAACAAAUGGUACCUUUGGUUCAGUUUUGUUGACGCCUACUGUAUGUAGACACAUGGAUCACACGGUAGCUAUAGUGACAUUGAACUCUGCCAGAGACUUUGGGAGGGGCAUGUUGGUAUAGUCACAUGGAUUGUACAAUAUAGUGACAGUAGCACUGCCUGAAUAAAUCUAUUAAUUGAACCUAUUUCAUUCCAAAUACCAAAUAUCCAACAACAAAUAUAUGUGCAUUUUUGAUUGUAGGUUAUGUUGAAUACAGUUGAAUGUGGUAGUGAUUUUACAGGUAAAGUCAUUGUAAUUUGCCUAUUAGCCAUAGCUUUAACUGUACAGCCAAAAACAGUUGCUUUGACAGUGAAUAUUUUCUUCUCAAUAUACAAUAGCUGGGAUAUUGUCAUCACAAUAUACAAUGUACUUCAAGCCUCGCCUGCUCAUACUGUAAAUGAAAUUGAAGAUAGAUAUGUAACCAGAAAGAAUGGACAUAGCCUUAAACUUUUCAAACACAGUUUUUCUAUACCUUCAUUAUUCAUUUCUACCGUUAUCAACAUGGCCAGAAGCAGCCAGUAAUUGGACAAUGUGUGGUUUCAGAUUACAUGGAUAUGGGGAAGUUCUGUUUUAUGUUCCACACUGUUUUUGCACACAGGAUGCUCAUUGCUAACUGGUACCUAUUUAUUAUUGUGAACCACCGUACAUUUGUAUCAUUGUAAGCUAACAGGCAAUUUUAGCUUUGUUCUUUCUGUCCUCAGAAACAGCUCUCUGUUAUGAUGUGUAUCAAGCAGGUUACUGAGGUCAGGUAUGUAGAAAUGUGUUGAUGACUACAAGGGUAAUUCAUAACUGUAUUGGAUAAUCUACUGUAUUCGUCCAUCUAAUCAACUUGUCUGCCGAUAUACAGUACUCUACAUAACAAAUCCUGUAGCUUAAGUGUUGCCAUCAGUACCGUUGAACAAAAACAUGUUUGUAUUUAUUUAUUUGGUUUUAUUUGGGGAUGAGAUGGGGCACCACUGUAUGCCUGUUUUAUAAAAGUUCUUAGGCUGUUGAUAGAUUGAUAAUGUACAGAGAUGAAUACUUCAGUUUGUGCCUGUUAUAUAGAGUAUAGUCCUACCCACCAUGGAACCUCAGAUGACACUACAUGCCAGAUCUACUGUAGCACAACAAUUACAUUUCUUUAAGUGGAAAUCCUGAUUGUGUCAUACAGUAAGUUAUACAUAAUAAAUACAACCCUGUUUAUUCUAUUGAGUACUGCCAAAUGUUCACAUUGUGUGACAUCUUUUUAUUACUGGUGCUGUUAGCUUUCAAGUACAAUUUGAAAAUAAGUUUUAAAAUAAACAAAAUCUAGCCCACACUGUCUGCUCAAUAAAAGGUCAAAAGCGAA